AUGUCGAACGCUGCCGAAAGAAUUGCAGAAGAUAAUUAUGAGAGAGAAAAUGAUCCUUCGCCCGUGACAGAAGACUUCGCAGAAAACUCCUAUGCCAAAGAGCCCAAGUCCUACUUGAGAGACCAAGUCCCUGUUCAACCAGAUGAACAGUCAUUUGAAGAUCCAAUCCAACCUCCUUAUUCCAAUUCUGAUGAGCAACUUGAGGAUGAUGAACGCGAAGCGAUUGAUAAGUCAAAUGUCAUGAGGGGAGAUCGUCUCCGACAUGCAAAGCCUAGAACUGCGAACAAGUACAAUGAGGGGCCUGAUGAAAACGAUUUGCCUUCCGGAGUUGACUGA